AUGCUGGUCGACGUGAUUAGUGGCUCGCUUACCAUUCUACCCACUUCGUCGCCAAUCAAGUAUGUCGCCCUUUCGUAUGUGUGGGGCAAUGCGCCGAUGUUCAAGACGACGACGAACAACAUCGAAACUCUGCUGCAGCGAGGAGCUUUGUACGAGCCAUCGAACAAUGCAGUGCUUCCUGACACAAUUCGGGAUGCCAUUCAUCUAGUCAAGGCUCUAGGCGAGAAGUACCUGUGGGUGGAUUGUCUAUCCGUUGUUCAAGAUGCCGGUUCAGAGAAGAUGGACAUUACGUUGCGGGCUAUGGCCCGUAUCUACGCAAGCGCAGAGUUCACGAUCGUUGCAGCGGGUGGCGAGGAUGCAGGACACGGUUUGAGGGGUAUUGGGGGUCCCUCGACGAACCGAACUCCUAAUCCCACAGAGCGCCCACAUCUCGGCGUCCCAAUGGGCAUGAUGUCCUUGAUUCCCAAGAUACCGACCCUCGGUCGAUGGGGAAUGCUUGUGGAAAACUUCUCUUCGCGGGAUCUCAAGUACGAGAAAGACGCUCAAGCAGCAUUCGCGGGUGCUACUGAUAUCAUGGACGCUACUUUCCCAGACGGUCUACUCCACGGCAUACCGAAGUUCUUCUUCGAUAUCGCAUUGCUUUGGCGACCUCAGAAUUCCGCACGUAGACGUGAGGGCGAACCUAGUUGGUCGUGGACAGGCUGGAAGAACGGAACCAUAAACUGCCUGUCUGCUUGGUAUCCCUUUUAUCCCAGGAUCUUUCGUGAUACCGGCCUUGAGUCAGAUUGGGUCGCUAUUGCGACCUUGAAACCGGUGGCAGAGUAUCGACACCGUAUGCUGCGCAACGAUGAGCAGAUGAUCGGCAAUAUCACCAUAACGUGCGAGACCUUGGACCAUGAACCCGAAGAUGGUAAUGAUUGUGAGCUUGUCGCUAUCUCAGAAGCCGAAACCUCGCAACAAAUGGGAGUAGAAGAGUAUGGAUGGCCUGACUUUUCUUUCGAGGAGUACCAGAAGUAUUUUACCGGAGUAUCUUUAAGGAGUGAUAAUCGGAAAGCAUCGUUCUACAAUGUCAUGUGGAUCAAGUGGGUUGGAAACGUCGCCGAAAGACGGGGAUUAGGUGUUGUGCUGAAGGAUUCUUGGGACGCACUACAACCCGAGAUCAAAGAGUUCAAUCUAGGUUGA